UGAUGUUAUUUUUGCCUAAUUAAUUUUCAAUGUAAAGCCUAAAAAUAUUUUUUUCAGGCAGUAAAGAAUUUGUCGAAAGUGUUUCAUCACAUAAUUUACCACAGCAUCAUCAUAUUUUGUAUGCUCAUUGUACAAGAUGCUUCUAACGUGACAAAUGAUCAGUAUCCUUUGGUCACAAUUCGGCCAAGGCAAUUCUAUGGCAAAGAAGUCAAAAUUGGCGAAUUAAAACACCAUGUUUUUAUAAAAAAGUUGGUAAACAAAUGGAAGAUGAUGUACAGGGCGAUAUGUUCUGGAAACAUCAUCACGCAGGAAAGGGUGUUGACGUCAUCGCAUUGCUUUUUAACGAAUAGGAAGAAGUACAGGCUUUCCUUAAGGUAUCUGAAAGUGGUAGGAGGCACGCUCAGCACAUACCAACAGCACCCCAUGCACGACUCCGUACAGCAAUGGCGGUCGAUAAAGCACGUGUAUUCGCAGAAAUUCUACAGAUUUCCAGCUUACAAUCUCGCUGUAGUAGUGGUGGAGAAACCGUGGGAUUUCAACCAGUACGUAAACAAAAUACCGUAUGCGUCUAAAGACCACGACUUUGAUGGAAUAUGUAUGGCUAUANCCAUAAUAAUUCCAAAUAAUGUUCUGCUUUGUUUGUACCUGAUAAACUUAUGCGAAAAUUCACCCCGUGUGGUCCGACGCAUCCAUCCAAGUGGAAACUAG